UGAGCAGGGAGCAUUCUCGUUGGCAGCCUGGACCUCGGGCAGUUGGAGCCGCGGCUGAGCAGCCUGCCUCUUGGAAAGAGUUCGCAGCAGCCCCCGGAGUCGCUGGGGCCAGCUUGGCGGCGCAGCCCGCACGCACGAGGGAGGGAGGCUGCAGGCGAGGGCAGGCGGCAAGCGCGCAGCUGCCCGUGCCGCAGGCACGGGCCGGGAGUCCCGGGAGCUCCUCGCCCACCAGUCUGCAAGAGCCUCGGCUAGAGUCUUUCUGGGCCUGCUGACUCGAGACCUCUCCACCUCCCCACCUCCUGGCCAGGCCCGCUGCGCAGCGGCCAGAGGAGCAGUAUGAAUCUGCGGCUCUGCGUGCAGGCGCUCCUGCUGAUCUGGCUUUCCCUGACCGCGGUAUGUGGAGGGCCCCUGCUGCAGCCUCCUGCUGGGAGAGGGCUGGAGGAAGGCAAUGUCCGCCACCUGGUACAGCCCAGAGGGUCAAGAAAUGGAUCAGGGCCCUGGCAGGGAGGUCGGAGAAAAUUCCGCCGCCAGCGGCCACGUCUCUCUCAUAAGGGCCCCAUGCCUUUCUGAAGCAGAUUGGUCUGCUUCUCUGGAGCUCUUAUAUCCAUUCAUCUUUCAUCUUGCACUCGUCCUAGUGGCUGAUGGUCCCAGCUCUUCCUACCCACCAGCCUCCUUCAAUGACGUGGUCCUGCCCCUAGUUUGAUGAUUCCCUUUCUCCCCCAAGGAUGCAUUCAGUCCCUUUUCCUGGACUUUCUCUUGUCUGACGUUGGAAACCCAGCACUGGAAGGCCAUCCUUCUCUCUGAACUUCCCCUGCUCUAGUCUCCACUCUCCCACCUAAUAUUCCAACCCUUCAUGCAGCCCUCUCUUCCUCAGGUUUCCCCUGGGGGCUGCAUGGAAACAUCUCUUCUUCACUGGGCUCCAGCAGAUCCCAGGUUUUUGUGCCAAAUGGGCCCUUCAGCAGGCCUCCGGAGGAAAGUAAAGAGAUGAACAAUGAGAGACUCUACUUAGAAGCUAGGGACCUUGGGAUGCAGACAGAGUGCCUUGGAGGGCAUUGGAGUAGGAGGCUGGUGCUGUACUGAAGGAGAGUGGUGUAGCAUUGAAGAAGAGGAGAAACAGCUUCAUGGCUGCUUCCUCGUCCCCGUGUUUGGCCUGAUUAAAGAUGUAAAGGGAGGGUCACAAAGUACUUUGUCACUUCUCUCACCUUACUGUGUCUUCUAACACUACUGCCAACUCGCUGUUUCCCAACUUACUCUGUGCCCCUCAACAGCUAGUUCAAGCUCUAGCUCAGGAGAGGAAUGUGAUGGGCCCAAGGUAGCUCUAUGCCCUCCCAGGAGCAAAGUCAGGUAGAAUUGUUUUUGCUUGGAAUCACAGAAUAUCAGAGCCAAAAGCAACCUUACAGAUCACUGAGCUCUGCCUCUUUAUGCAAACUCCUACGAAAAGAGAGGCUGAGACAGGGAUAGUGACUUGCUGAGGGUCACUGCAGAACCAGAAUGAGGACCCAGGUCUCCCAACUCCCACUUGAUGAUGUCCUCUUCUCUCCUAAUAUCUUUUCAAAACUUACUAAGUGCCUUUUCUUGGGGUUGAGGCUUAAGGAAGCUAGGAGGAAGGAGGUGAGCAUGCUGUGAACUGCCCUAUGGUGGUGGUGGUGUGUUAGCAGUGGCAUGGGGACAGAGCUGCUCCCCCUCCAUGGCCUGCCCCUGCUGGUUCAUUCCCCAGCCUGGGCUGAAAAAUUUCUUAACUGGCCAAGUGAUCCCAUUCCUUCAGCACUACCAUAUCUCUGGUGUUUUCAUAGGGGCAGCUCAGGCACCGAGACCCAACACUGCUUUUUAGGAGCUCAGAGAUGGCCUUAAGUCAUUGGACUCAAUAGCCUUCCCUUCAUGUUGACUGGACCUUUUUUCCCAGUGGCCUUCCCUUUGGAGGAAGGAAAGGAGAGAAGGAAGGAAGGAAGGAAGGAAGGAAGGAAGGAAGGAAGGAAGGAAGGAAGGAAGGAAGGAAGGAAGGAAGAAUGGGAGGAAGUGUAGGUGUGAGCAGGCUUCCUUCUCAAGAGGCCUCCCAGGAGGGAGAAAAGAGGAGACAAGGGCCUGUUGGCCACAUAUGUAUGUUUGGGGGCAGGGGGAGUCAGGGCCCCCCGAGCCCCACAAUAACCCUGAUUUUGCCUACCCACCUCUCGCCCUUCUGCUGCUGCUAAUGCUGCUGCUGCUGCCGCUGCUGCUAAUGCUGCUGCUGCUGCUGCUGCUUUAAGGCCCACCCUGAGGAGCCUGGCUGAGUACUCACCUCCCCCCAACAACCCUCAGGCUCAAAGUAGGGGCUGGCCAAUGUCCAGAAAGCCUCUUCUGACAUUGAUGCCCCUACCAGGGGCUAGACCUUCCUCCCCCUCCUCCUCUCUGUAUCUCCUAUCUCAUCAGCCUCGCAGCUUCAUGAGGAAGGGGGGAAAGGGGGACAAGGGGGAUGGCACAGGGCAACAAAGGCCAAUGGGGGACUGGGGUGCUCUUAUUUAAAGUGGUUGUGUAUGAUUCUUAUACUAAUUUAUACAAAGACAUUAAGGCCCUUUUCAUUAAGAAAUUAUCCACUUCCCAUAAUUAUGGCCACUGUGUCUGUAAAGAUUGUUCUGUGUAAAUAGGUCUUUGUAAUAAAGAGUUAAAAAUAACAAUUUGCCCUUACUCAGGGAGGUCAUAUUCAGGAAAGACCUUCCUGCCCCCUGAGGUCCAAGGUUGCACGUGGAAGGCAAGAUGCCUACAUCCCAAGUUGGUUCCAGGUCAAAUGGCCACAAACCAAUUUGCUACAAAAUCACACAAAAAAAAUCUCUAUACUGAAUGGCCAGUUCACAUAAAAUGCAGUACACUUUUAAGUGUUUUGGCAUCUGUUUGAGUGUGCUAAUUUUUUACAGUGUCCUUUAAAGGAUUUUUGGAAAGAAAUUUUUUAAAGAACAUUCUGACUAAAUGUGAGAUUUCUACUAAAAAUAGUUUUGUAUCCUUGGUGGGUGUCUUCUAAUUUUAUCUACUUUUGAACACUUUUGGGACUUUUUAGCCAGUUUGCCUUUCUUGAAAAAUGUUAUAAUUCCUGUAAUAAAUACAUGUGGUAAUGACUUUGUGUGUAUCAUUUUAUGUUUCACAAAGUAGAGUUGCUUGAUAAAUGAGCCUGAAAAAUAA